AUGCCCGGUCCCGUCGCAACAGGCAAUGGCAUCGGCAUCGGUGCCAACGCCCCCACGAACAAGCUCGCCGGCAUCGGUAUGACCGCCUUUGCCGCCUUUGGUGGUAUCCUCUUCGGCUACGACACCGGAACCAUCAGCGGCAUCAUCGCCAUGCUCGACUGGCUCAAGCUAUUAUGUCCCUCCUCCCGCCAGUCCCUCGUCGUCUCCAUCCUCUCCGCCGGUACCUUUUUGGUGAGCAUCGGCGCGUCCUCGCAUCAUGUAACCACACUUAUUCCACUCCCCUCCCCAGGUGCCCUCAUCGGCGCACCCGUCGCCGAUAUCAUCGGUCGUCGCCACGGUAUCCAGUUCGCCUGCUUGGUCUUCGUCCUCGGUGUCGCCCUCCAGGUCGGCUCCCACAACAUCGCGACCUUCGUCGUCGGCCGUGUCUUCGCCGGUCUCGGUGUCGGCCUCGUCUCCACACUCAUCCCCAUGUACCAGUCCGAGUGCGCGCCCAAAUGGAUCCGCGGCGCCGUCGUCGCCGGCUACCAGUGGGCCGUCACCAUCGGUCUCCUCCUCGCGUCUUUCAUCUGGGCGUUCAUCGUCUUCACCGGCAUGUUCUUCCUCCCUGAGGCUGCCAAUGCCCUCGGUCGUCUCACUGGCCUGUCGCCCACCGACCCCGAGGUUGAGGUCGAGCUUGCGGACAUCAGCGCCAACCUCGAGGAGGAGCGUGCGCUCGGCGAGAGCUCGUACCUCGACUGCUUCCGCUUCUCGCACAACAAGAUCUUCCUCCGCACCAUGUCCGGUAUCUUCAUCCAGGCGUGGCAGCAGCUCACCGGCAUCAACUUCAUCUUCUACUACGGCACGACCUUCUUCUCGCAGGCGGGCAUCAAGAACGCCUUCCUCGUGUCGGUGGCAACGAACAUCGUCAACGUGUUCAUGACCAUCCCCGGCAUGUGGGGUGUCGAGCGCUUCGGCCGUCGGUCACUCCUGCUCUGGGGUGCUGCGUGGAUGACGAUGUGCGAGUUCCUCAUCGCCAUCGUCGGCGUCACCAUCUCCGUCGACAACAAGGCCGGCCAGCAGGCGCUCAUCGCCCUCACCUGUCUGUACAUCGCCGCAUUCGCCUCGACGUGGGGUCCUAUUGCGUGGAUCAUCACGGGCGAGAUCUACCCGCUCAACGUCCGCGCGAAGGCGAUGUCCAUGUCCGUCGCGUCGAACUGGCUGUGGAACUUCGGGAUCGGGUACGCGACGCCGUACCUGGUGUUCUUCAUCUGGGGCUCGACGUGCGCGGGCGCGUUCGUGUUCACGUACUUCUUCAUCCCCGAGACGAAGGGCCUGUCGCUCGAGCAGAUCGACCUGCUCUACCAGAACUCGACGCCGCUCACGAGCGUCGCGUACCGCCGCGAGCUCGUCGCGAACGACGUCCAUGCCGCGGACCACCUCGCGGAGCGCCAUCACGACGAGAAGGUCGUCGACGAAAAGGUCUGA